UCCCCGCCUCGUCACCGCUCCGAUCUCUCUCUCUCUCUCUCUCUCUCCCUUCUCCUCCUGCGCAGCCAGCCAGCGCAAACCCUAGCUAGCCCCGCUGCCGCCGCCUCGGAGCCCUUCUCCGCGGGGGGGGGGGGGGGGGGGGGGGGGUUGUUGGUGCGGGAGCCGAGCGGGAGGGGUGGGGGUGUAGGGGAUGAGCGGCGCGUACAGGGAUCGCGGGUUCGGCGGCGCGGCGGCGGAGAUGGACCGGAAGCGCAUCAAGGAGGUGCUGGAGAGGCCGUCCCCGUCCACCUCCAGGGGGACGGCGGCGUCGGCCGCCGCGGUGGCGGCCAAGGGGAGGGACCGCCUCGCCGCGGGGAAGCUGCCCGCGUCGCUCGGCGGCAAGGCGGCCGGGAAGGUGUCCGAUAGUGCAGAGGAAUUUGAAACUGACAGUGAAGAUUCAGAUGUCAGUGGUUCUGAGGGAGAGGAUACAUCUUGGAUUUCAUGGUUCUGCAGUUUGCGCGGGAAUGAGUUCUUCUGUGAGAUCGAUGACGAUUAUAUACAGGAUGAUUUCAACCUUUGUGGUCUGAGCAAUCAGGUGCCAUAUUAUGAUUAUGCCCUUGAUCUCAUCUUAGACAUUGAGUCAUCAAAUGGUGACGUGUUCACUGAUGAGCAACAUGAAUUAAUCGAGUCAUCUGCAGAGAUGCUGUAUGGAUUAAUUCAUGCAAGAUACAUCUUAACCAGCAAGGGUCUGGCUGCAAUGUUGGAAAAGUUCAAGAACUAUGACUUUGGAAGAUGCCCUCGAGUAUACUGUUGUGGCCAACCCUGUCUUCCAGCAGGGCAGUCAGAUAUUCCUAGGUCUAGCACAGUGAAGAUAUACUGUCCAAAAUGUGAAGAUUUACACUAUCCAAGAUCCAAGUACCAAGGCAACAUUGAUGGAGCGUACUUUGGAACGACGUUCCCUCAUCUAUUCUUGAUGACCUAUCCACACUUGAAGCCGCAAAAGCCAUCUCAGCAGUAUGUUCCAAAAGUUUUUGGCUUCAAACUUCACAAGCAGUCAUGACAAACAUGUACGAGAAGCUGCUGCUUGUUUUUACCUAGUUUUUAGGGAGAGAACAUUGUGGCCCGAAAAUGAAGCGGUCUGUCGAUGCGAGAACAUAUGAGCUUGAAUCUCGCUGUAAUUGCUGAGCUAACUGUAUCUGCUUUCGGUACUGUUAUUCUGUGAUCCUAGGCUGUCUCACUCUAUCAAGUAUGUCCGUCCGCAUGUUUUCGGGUUAAUAUUAUAUGGAUUUUUUCAGGCUC